UACCCAUACCGCGGGUAACUACGUAUACAGUACCCAGGGUUUGACACACGCCUAUAUAACUGUAACAGACUACAGAACAGUUAUAUGUACGCCUUAAGGAUAUACCUGAAGUCACAAUGAUAUGUCAAAAGGACUUACUUUGUAGUGUCACUUACUAUAUAACCUUAAAAUGGUCCAUUUACCUGACAAGGUGUUGUCUUUGAACACAUUUUCAUGGAAGAGUGACAUAGAAUAAAAAAACCCUCUUCAUAUUGAUGUAGAAACAAGGAUAUAUGAUAUAGGGACACAGUGGCUGUACGAGAUAAACAUGUGACUGCAUUGGAAUACUACUAUAUGGCUUGACCUUAAGCAGUAAUGAUAACCGCUGACAUGGAUAGGCCAUCGCCACCGGAAGUAAACUGGAACAAGAUGCUGUAAAAAAGGAAACUUUUCCCCGAGCGAGUCCAAAACUAUAGGAUUCAAGAUGGCGGCCAUCGUAAACCAGGUGAUCGGCAUUAUCACGAAGCCGACCUAUAAGCGGAAAGAGGUGGAAAUAGAAGCCAUCUUGCCAUGGCUGCGAAAACGCAGUCUGUUGCUACAAAACCUGGACAGAGGUGUAUUGCAAGACAUCAUGAAGAACUGUACCUAUCAGGCGUGCGAGAGGGACGAGAUUAUUAUCAGACAGGGAGAGAAAGGCGACAGUUGCGAUGUCGAGGAAGAUUGGGAAUCAACAGCGGAUGUCGAACCGAGUUUCUAUGUGAUCCUGAGCGGAAGUACCUCCGUUUACAUUGACCCAAGGAUGACGGGGGAGGAGGAAGGUGGGACGAUAGCUACGGAGAAGACUACCCCUCCAAAGGUAGCAGAAAAACCCAAAUCGGAAGAUGGAGAAGGGGGAGAGGAACAGGAGGAGGUAAAAGAAGAGGGAGAUGAAGAAGAGGAAGAAAGAAAACGCCUGGAACAGCAAGAACAAGAAAGGAAACUCAUGAAACUAGACAGGAAUAAAUUUGGCAAAUUCAUCAUGACGUAUGAACCAGGGAAGGCAUUUGGUGAAGUUGCACUUGUCAAACGCGAUGCCCUGAGGAACGCGUCUAUCAUUGCGGACGAAAACUGUGACUUGAUGGUGAUUGGACAAGAUCUGUACGAACGUUCACUGAAAGCUGACCAGGAAAAAGAGUUUGCCCAGAUAACAGCCUUCAUCGACUCCCAUCCAUUCUUCUCGAACAUGUCAAGCAAGUUCAAGAAAUUAUUGGAAAUGAGUCUGCGGAAGGAAACAUACACGUUUGACACCGUCAUGAUCAAACAGGGUGAUCCAGUUAUUGGUCUUCAUUUUCUUCUCCAGGGACAAGCGAAAAUAGUGGCUGAGCCGCACAAACAUCCGAAGCAGUAUCCUCAUCUUUGGCCUUUCGAGGCCGGCAUCGAUAUCAUAUCAGUGGAGUUUGCACAUCUGAGGGAAGCAAGGCGAGCUGCAAUCCUCCGUAAAUACGAAGAUCCGUCCGUUUGGGAGACAAAAACUGAGGAUACAAUCAUUAGAAGGGAACAAGGGUAUGCCGCGGUGGAGAAAUGGAUGAAGGAAAAGCACAUAGAAUUGUGUAGUGUUCAAGCAGGGGAGGUACUUGGUGACAUAGAAACGCUCAUGAACUUCAACACCUAUAUGCAGACUGUGAAGUGUACUUCCAACACAGAAGUGUACAUUCUUGAUUCAAAGAACUUUGAAAGGCUUGUAGGCAAACGAAACCUUUCUACGACAGAGGUCAUGCGUGCAAAAGUGAUAGAAAAGCUCAAGACACGCGUAGAUUCAAAACAUGGACAUUUGGUGCCUUUACUGAAAUUCCUUCAUUUCAAAAUGAACGAGCAGAGCUUGCCUCCGCCGCGAGAGUUACCGAAAUUAAAAACUACAAAAGUGUUACCAGAUAAAGAUGUACAAAACCUGUUUUUGCUACAAGCAUUCAAAUCUGGAAAAGCUCCUCUUGUUGAGCCCAUUGUUCCAGGAACUUUGUACUACAAGGAUUUGAUGAAAGAAAAGGCCAAGUCUAGGGAAAUGCAACGCAAGGCCGAAGGUAAGACAGUUGCAUCGACAACGUCUACACUAAGGGCAAACAAACGCAACAAACCAAAACGGCAGCCGCGAAGUUUAAUGGCGAUUCGGGAGUCGCUACGGCAAAUGAUGGAGGCUGAUGUCAUCCAAGUAGACAAUAAAUCAACCAGAAAAAAGCUUGGGUCAAAAUAUGGGUCAACGGUAUCUCUAGCUCCGUCAAACCAGUCUCAACAAUUAUUCCCUCCAAUUGUACCCGUGACAGAUUCUAAACCAAAACUAGACAAUUCCAGGAGUUUCAUGACAAUGUUAAAUUCUAAAUCGCAUGAGAAAGAGACUCCAGUAAGGGAAGUGGAUAUUACACCACGUGACCAUGAAACAGUGCAAGGAAACAGUGCUUCACAGGAUCAGAAAAAAGUGUCUCCAAGGAAACAGAAGCCUGUGCUUAUAACAGAGACUGCCGCACCUAAACGCGAUGUAGAUUUGCCGAUGAUUACCGAGGAACGAACACAAGAGGAAAUCGUUCUUCAUAAGAAAGUGUCAGGGAAAUAUGCAAAGGAAGGAGAUACUUUAGAUGGGAGAGUGGCUUUACCUGCCAUAAAGGUUACAUCGACUGAUCGGAGCCAGCCCCGUGUGAAACAACAACAACAAAGCUCUAAUCCUGGUGAAAUAGUUUUCCCAAACAAUGUGACAGGUGAACGUUUGGUUUUGCCAUCCAUUGAAGGAACAGAGGACGCAAGUUCUCCCGAACGGAAGGGAAAGUGGGGUAGCGCAAUGAAAUUUGUAAACGAAGAAAUACAGCAACGUUUAACUAAUGAAAUGGAGGAUGGUACUUUUCAACGGGAGAUUGACAGUGAAUUUCACGACAAAGCUAUGGUAAUGCUGGAAAGCAAAAUUGAAUCCUUUAACGUCCAGCAUGGUGGACCUGCAAAGUGUCUACCGAAACUAGCACGAUUCGCUGCAGACACGCGGCGGUAUCGACGACGACAGGAAGACGAGAUAAAUUCUCCAAAGCCUGGAGGGAAGGUUUGGAUCCGGAAGCGAAUGUGCAGGUUUGCUGAUAACAAAGUGCAGGUCAAGGAUCACCAGCACGUGCGGCACUAUAUUGUUAACGACCUUCCUCAGUUCGAUCAGGUGUCCCGUAGAUCUGAGGAUGAGUAUGAUAGCUAUAGUCUGUUCUCGCAGGUAAAAGCAUGAUUCUGCUUGGUUAUGGUUCCCGCACCUGUCUUCUGAUACUGCUGUAUCACAACACCUGUCAUGAGGAUGCCAGGGCCACGUGUUGUGAGGGGUAUUUGGAGCACCCUCCUGUUCCACCCUAAACUAUGUUAUAGAUCCUAUCCUAUCCUGAAGCAUAACAAAAUACAAUUAUAAAUUCUCUACAUUCAGACAUAACACAUUUUCCCUUUUUAAUCUCAUUUUUCACUUCUCUACUAAUAGUUAGUGUUGUUCACGACUUUUAUCAUGAACUUGACAUUCGGUGCGUUAAUUCUAAAUUAAAUCUCAAAGUCAUGUGCAUGUUCAUACUGUAAUGAUAUGCAUUUAAAAAAGAACCAUGAUUUUAAUAUAUCUUCAAAUUUAAAUAUAUAUCCAAGAAGAAAAUAAAACUUACAGAACCCCACAAGCUUAUAGAUGCACAUCCCUGUAACCCUGAUUUCCCAAAGGGUUAUUAUAUCUUGUGGACGAUAAGAUAUUAAUUAGAUUUCUUAAUUAGCUCAUUUUUGAUUAAUAUAGAACACAUAUUAUAUAGUUACAAUUAUCAUUUUAACGUCCACUUAACCAUUUAGCGACAUUUAAUGUUGGAAGUAUUCCCAUUCAUUUUUUCUAUCAUAUUAGCAUUUCCUGUGAUUUGAUACAUUUGAAACGGCAUACACGUUAUUGAUUUUGUGCAACAUUUAUGUCAUACAUGCUCAGCGUGUCGAUAUAUCUUAUUUAGAUCAAUGUCAAACAUCUUGUGAUGUAAUGCCUAUGACAGUUGUAAACGUUGCACAUGAUGA